AUGGCUUUGGAAGCUCUCAACUCUCCUACAACAACUGCUCCAUCUUUCCCAUUUGACGACCCAACAAUUCCAUGGGCGAAACGCAAGCGUUCCAAGCGCUCCCGCGACAAUCCUUCCGAAGAAGAGUACCUCGCUCUCUGCCUCAUCAUGCUCGCUCGCGGCACCACCGCCACCACCAACCGCCACGUCACCGCUCCACCGCAACAACCCACCCGAGAUCCUUCCUCCAAGCUCAGCUACAAAUGCUCUGUCUGCGACAAAACAUUCCCCUCUUACCAAGCGCUCGGUGGACACAAGGCCAGCCACCGGAAACUCGCCGGCGGCGGCACCGACGACCAGCCCACCUCCACCGCCACUAGCUCCGCCACCACCGCCGUUGGCGGUAGGGCCCACGAGUGCUCCAUCUGUCACAAGUCAUUCCCCACUGGACAGGCCCUCGGCGGACACAAACGUUGUCACUACGAAGGUAAUGGAAACGUAAACAGUACCAGUGCUGUGACAGCCUCGGAAGGUGUGGGUUCCACUCACACUGUGAGUCCAGGCCACCGCGAUUUCGAUCUCAAUAUCCCGGCUUUUCCGGAGUUUGCGACAAAGGUCGGAGAAGACGAGGUUGAGAGCCCUCACCCUGUGAUGAAGAAGCCACGUCUCUUUGUGAUUCCCAAGAUUGAAAUCCCUCAUUUUCAAUGA